UACUGAAUUACUUUGACACAGUUCUAUACAGGAAAGGGAAACCACAAUUUGGUCGUGCCAUUUAUCCUAUUAUUUAACAUAUACUACCAUUAUUAGUUCCCGUUGAUUAAUUUUGAAUUACUGCCGGGAUCUUUUAUUGUUUACGCGGUCUUGUUCCAAGCGCGUGACAUAGGUCUAUUCAAUUCAAGCAUAUGGUAUCGACGGUUUCUUGACUCAAUUGUGAAUUAUGCAAAAUAUCUCUAUCUAUGAAUGCAAGAACUUAAAUGAGAUUGAAGCGUCAUUUCAGUCUUUACAAGUAAAAUCAAAGCAGACGGAUGAACAGCUCGAAUCUAUUCUGAAUGAUCAACAAUCCAUUGAUAGUUACAAAUCUACUUUACAAUCACUUGGAGAACGGUUGGUUUUGUUGGUGACUCAAACUGAUGAAUUGAAACAGGAAUUCUGUGACGCGUCUAUCGUGGAUCCACAAGUGAUUGAUAAAAUCAAAGUUGUGGACAGAGAACAAAAUCGCUUAAAGGAAUGUCUUUUGUAUGUGCGUCAAGUUCGUGAUUUUAAGGAAUGCCUCAUAGAACUAAACCGAGCUAUGCUUCGGCAACAGUGGGAAAAAGCUGCUGAUUUCGUACACCGUGCAAACUGUACUUCUCCAUCUAUUAUACAAGGGAAGUUUGCCCUUGCAGUUGUUCCGACCAGUGAGCAACCACUUGCACCUACCGAAACUCUAAAUGAAGUCGUUGAAUCGCUGCACGCAUUGUUUCAAAGGGAAUUCGAAAAAGCAGCCCGUGACAAGGAUCAAAAAGAAAUUACUAGAUACUUUAAACUUUUCCCUUUGAUUGGGAAAGAAAAAGAAGGGUUAGAAGCGUACUGGCAUUUCUUUGGUGGGAUUAUUGCUUCCAAAGCCAGGGCUACGCUGGACGAACCCCCCUCUCAUUCUUUCUUUUUUUCGCAAGCAUUUACUGGAUUAGUUGAGCAUGUUGCAAGCAUAGUACGAGCUCAUACUCCUCUGGUUCUGCGGUAUUACAAGGCAAAGAAUACAAUCACCGUGAUUGAAAACUUACAGUUUGAUUGUGAUAGACAAGGAUCUCUCAUCAUAAGCACUAUGUAUGAUAUCCGUCGUAUUUCCUCUCUUCUGCAUUCAAUAAAGAGCUAUAAAUAUUUGCUCUUGAAUGCUAAAAUCAAACACCGCAACCUUCCUUCAGACCAGCGUGAAAUGGAACGGCUAAGUUUACAAGUUCUACACCCUCUAUUGAAUGAAGUCACGUCUAUUUUGACCAAGUGGAAUAUGUACAGGAUUUUCAUGAGCCGAUUUAUUCACCGCUUAUUGAAUCCAGAUCCUUCUGUCAAUUCCAAUGAUGAGCGUUCAUUUGAAUGCGCAAAAGUUUUCUCUAGUUCCAAAAUUCAAGAAUUGAUUUCCGACCAGCUUAUACCCUCCCUCUUACAACUAGAGACUUACUAUUUGAAGCAUAGCAUGGAGACGGCCUUUGAGCUGGAGGAGCAUUAUACAAGAGUAUUUCCUUGGUCGAGUUCCAUUGUAGAUGAUGUUAUGUACGUUACGAAGCAAGUCAUUCAACGUGUUUUCUUUUCCGGUUCAUCUGCAUACCUCGAUAAAUUUGUUCACGAAAGUUUGUGUCCUAUAUUUCAAAAAAUCUACUUUAUAUAUAUCUCUUCUGACCUAACUGGAUUAUGUGGAAAUAUUCGCAGUCAGUUUCAAAAACUCAAAGAUGGCAGUAAAAUACAAAAACCAUUGUACGAGCGAUUUGUUAUCUUAAUCAAUAAUGCCUCUCUGAGUAAGCAUUAUCUGUGUACCGUUUUAGACGAAAUUUCAAAAAAGGAUGCUGAGGUUUACCCAUUUUAUGAAGAUAAAGAACAAGCAUCUACUACAUUGGAUAAAUUCCGAAAGGACAGUAGCAUGUUUGAUAACCUAUGUUCCUAUGCGUUUAAUACAUAUUUUCCCAUUUUCCUUCUUCCAAAAAUUGAAAAAAGCAUUGACGACGUGUUUAUGGAAUGUAACUAUAUACUUUCUUACGAAGACUAUACUAUAGAGAUUGCUCGCGAGCGGCCGCUUGUUAACAGGCUCCGGGUAAUAUGGAAUAAAUUAACUGCUUUCGAUGAAUUUACACCGAAAAAUCAAUUUACGCUAACUAGUAUGGCUUGUGAGAAAGCCGCUAGCUACUUGGAACACCUUGUUCUUUAUAAAAUUCAAUGGAAUGAGUAUGGUGCUAUGGCCCUCGAGAGUGAUCUUUCACAAUGCAUUUAUGUUCUCUCUAAAGAGCAAGUGCAGUUACGAGACAACUUUGAGCGAUUACAAGAACUGAUGCUGUUGUUGGUUUGGGAAAGUGAAUCAGCCACACCAUCUCAAAUUGUAGAAGAUUUGAGUCUACGAUUGCUUUCUUUGGAUAUUGUUGCAGCUGUCCAGGAAAAGAAGAAAGAAUCAGAGAUUAAAGAAGAAUAGAUACCAUAAACUUUCAGUUACAAUUAAGAUUUUAUUUAUUAUGAGGCCAUUAAAUUACAAGAAAAAGGAAGACUGAGAACUGCUUUUUGAGCUUAUUAACCUUGCAUAUUCUUCACUUUAUUGUUUUCCUUAAGGUAUUGGUAGUAUUGGUACGAGGCGCGUUGUAGAAGUUAACAUCGCGCAAUGAUUCGUUAUUUCAAGUGAUGUUACAGAAUCUUUUGUAAACUCAUGUCGAACCGCAGUUACCCUUUUCCUAUA